AUGUCCAUAAAAUGCAUCUCUCCGCUAGGAAGCCGCAAGGAUAUGACCAAAAAACGGUGUCCUUGCAAAUUAGCUUACAAGGGAAGAACGCCAAGUGUAAGGCAUGAGGACAUCCGCGCGAGGACUGGUUUAAAGGAUGUAUGCAAGGAGGCAAAGAAGCGAAAAUGGAAGUACAUGGAGAAAAUGCAGCUAAGACGCGAGGAAGGAAGAUGGGAUCAACGACUGAUGGAUUGGACGCCGCCCUACAAACGACCACUUGGACGCCUCAGACUCAGAUGGACCGACGAUUUUCGAAAGCACCAUGGCCUGAGAUGGAGAGACCUUAUACUGACCAAACAAUGGAAUCCCGACUGA